CGCGCCAGGAAGAGAUGAGCAGCUCGUCGGGUCUGGGCACGUACCUGGAGCGUCUGAUCCCCGGCCUCAAGCACAGGGGAAACUACAACCCCAAGGACACACAGGACGAAGCGGCGGCCAUCAUCCCCAGUGACCUUGACCGGGACUGUGCCAUCUGCAUGGACCGUCUGCGCGACUGUCUGUUCCGGCCGUGCAACCACAUGGUCACGUGCCUGGAGUGUGGACAGAUGCUGCAGGCUCGCCAGGACGCGUGUCCCGUGUGUAGAAAGGACAUCGAGCAGACCAUCCGCGUGUUCCACAACUGACCAAUAGACGACUCGGGUGUUCCACAACUGACCAAUAGUCCAUCCGCAUGUUCCACAACUGAUCAAUAGACGACUCGGGUGUUCCACAACUGACCAAUAGACGACUCGGGUGUUCCACAACUGACCAAUAGACCAUCCGCGUGUUCCACAACUGACCAAUAGACGACUCGGGUGUUCCACAACUGACGAAUAGACGACUCAGGUGUUCCACAACUGAUGAAUAUACAACUCAGGUGUUUCACAACUGACCAACAGUUGAUCCCAACAACUGAUGUCGAUGAUGCUGGUCUGUUCACGACGUCGCCACUCUACUGGCCAGGAUGUUUGGCUCACAACCGUACAGUCGUGGGCGAGGGUUUGAAUCCUGUCAGGGGCCCAAUGUUGUGUCCCUGGGAAAGGAACUUUACACGACAUUUCCCCCCCCCCCCCCAGUUGGAAUAAGUGCCCGGUAUAGACAGUGAAAGCUCGCGUCAGUUUGUGAGUGUUUGAGCGUUUAAUCAACAGCUUGCCUUGUAUGCUUGUGAAGAAGCCGAGAAUCUAUAUAUAGAUCUGAGUGUCCCGGGAUCUGCUGGGUUAUAUAUAGUUGUGAAGCACAUGCUACAGAGUGUGGAUAUGUGCGCUGUACAAGUGGUAUUUGUUGUUAUUAUUCCAUUAUUGUUAUUUUAUUUGUAUUAUUAUUGACAUUCCGGGACAUUGUUUGUUCAUCAACGUGUAUGUUGUUCUUGGCACCGACUGGGCCGUGGUCCCCGCCGAGUGUGAUCACAGAAGUAACUGACAGUCAGUGAGUGAGUUGUCGAUGUGAUCACAGAAGUAACUGACAGUCAGUGAGUGAGUUGUCGAUGUGAUCACAGAAGUAACUGACAGUCAGUGAGUGAGUUGUCGAUGUGAUCACAGAAGUAACUGACAGUCAGUGAGUGAGUUGUCGAUGUGAUCACAGAAGUAACUGACAGUCAGUGAGUGAGUUGUCGAUGUGAUCACAGAAGUAACUGACAGUCAGUGAGUGAGUUGUUGAUGUGAUCACAGAAGUUACUGACAGUCAGGGAGUGAGUUGUCGAUGUGAUCACAGAAGUAACUGACAGUCAGUGAGUCAACUAUUGAUGUGUUCACAGAAGUAACUGACAGUCAGUGAGUCAACUAUUGAUGUGUUCACAGAAGUAACUGACAGUCAGUGAGUCAAUUAUUGAUGUGUUCACAGCGUCAAAGUAACUCACAGUCGGUGUUUCUGAAGGAACCAGGAACUUCCAAAAGCUGAACCACUUUAAUUUAGCCACUCCAGUCUCUGGACCAAGCCUAAAAGAGAUGGAGCAGAGCGCCACCUAGGAGAGUGUCCCUGUGGUCCUGUGAUCCUGUGUGGUGAACAGAAGACCUUUGUGUGUGACUCACCGCACGGACUGUUUACGUAAACAACUUUGAAGUGAGCUAGAAGUUACCGUUUUUACUCCAUUUGACCAACCAGAGUUGUUUACAUUUCAGACCAUUCAUCUCCGAAAAGGAGUCAAAAUCUAAAAAUAGUUGCGAAUAAAGAACGUUGGAGCAAAGAUUUUCCCCUAGUGGAGAAUCUUUGGUUGAAGCAAAGGUGGCCAUGAGUUAAUGGUUCUAAAAAUAAUCUCACAGCUACACACUA